ACACACACACACACACACACACACACACACACACACACACACACACACACACACACACACACACACCACCCCCUGCCCCUAAACCAGCCCCAGGAAGGCCACGACGCGCUCCCUGAUACGCUGAAGGUUCGGGACUAUAGGAGGUAUCCAGGACGCCUCCAGGACGCUCCUCUAUACCCAGCGCCAGUCUGCGACGCGUCACCCCUCCUGAAGACAUCUCCACCACUCCUGAACGACAUCUCCUCCGAAAACAGAGAUGACGGCGAAGAACCGCAACAAGGCGAGCUCCGGGGAAAAGACCACCAAUGCUGCUGCUGCUGCUCCUCCGUCGUCUGCCCAGGUCGACGCGUCGACAAAAGUGCAGAAAAGUAGCGAUGAGGUCUCAGGAGCCGUGACCACCCCAAAGAGUCCCGGGUCUGGACCCAGCAGCGAUGGAGGUGGAGGUGGAGGUUUCCAGGUGCUUCUCUUAUUGUUUUCCGUCGCUCUGGUCGCUGGAGGAGGUUUUGCGGCGUUUUAUCUCCAACAGGCCCUAGAAGAAGUUCACCAGAUCGGUGCCAAGAAUCAGGAAACCGCGCUGGAGAACGCAAAGUUACACGGGAGGAUGGAAAGCGUUCUUGAACAGGUGAAUUCGGUGAGGCGGGCGGUGGAAGGGUUGGAGGCCUCGCUGGCCGUGACGCGCUCCGAGCUGGGGGCGGCGGGCGGCCGGCUGCGGCAGGGCGAGGAGGAGAAGCAGCGGCUGGAGGAGGCGCUGCAGCGGCUGCAGAACGACCUCCUGCAGGACCUGUCGGCGGGCAUCAGCCAGGUGAAGGAGGCCCGCGAGAGGGACUUCUCCUCCCUGGAGAGCACCGUGGAGACGCGCCUGGCCGAGGUCGGCCAAUCCGUGGCCUCCAGCGUGGCCGAGCUGGCCGCCGCGCAGGGCGAGGUGCGGGGGCAGUUGGCCGGCCUCCAGGCCCGCCUGGGCGAGGCCGAGGACCCGGCCGUCCUGAGGGGGGAGCUGGCGGUCGUGGCGGGGGCGGUGGAGGAGCUGGAGGCGGCGAGCCGGGCCUCGGAGGCCGGCGCCGUCUCGCUGGCCGAGCAGAUCGGCGGCGUGAGCGCCGAGCUCCAGACCCGCAACGGGGAGGUGGCGUCGCUGGCGCAGGAAGUGGACGCGGUGCGGGCGCUAGUGCAGGACACCGUGGGCAGCCUGAAGGGGAUUGUGACGGCGGCGGAGGCCGGGGUGACGGAGCUGCGGGCCGGGUCCGAGGAGCUGGAGGCCGGGCUGGGGCGCGCCCAGGAGGCAGUGGGCCGCCUGCGGGAGGAGGCGCGGGAGCAGACGCUGCAGCGCUCCGUAGACCUGGAGGCGCGGGCCAAGGCGUCGGAGGAGGCGGGGCAGUCCGUGGCCGAGCUCUCCUCCAGGGUGGAGGCGCUGCUCGCCAGCCACGACUCCCACGAUAGCGCGCUGGCCGCCCACGGCCAGGCGGCGGAGAAGGCCCGCGCCGGCCUGGCGGAGGAGCUGGAGCAGCUGAGGGCCGGCGUGGAGGAGGUCCGGUCCAGCGCCGCCCAGGGCUCUCUGGUGGGCCUGACGGAGGCGCUGGACGGCAGGCUGUCCACACUGGAGGAGAGCACCAGAGACAGCAUCCAGACCCCCCAACGUCUGGAGGAGCUGAGGGCCGUGGUGGUGGCCCUCGAGGGGAAGGCUGCCCGUCUGGAGCAGCACGAGCAGGCCAUCUCCACCCUGCAGGAUGCUCUGAAGAAGACCACCGCCACCCUGGCCGCCUUGUCCACCAAGAAAAUCAAAGCCAAGAAGCCGUAGAACACUAAUAAAGCCUUUAAUAUCAAUCUGAUGAGCUGAUUGUCAAAGCCUCCUGGUUCUCCCGCACAUGAAGCACAUGAGGUGCUGAAUCCCCUGACCCCCCAGCCAAGUUGUCCUGGGGGGGUCCGCGUCCUGGGGGUCAGGGUCCUGGGGUAGCACCCGUUGUCGUCAGGACUGUACCGGAGGGCAGGACCAACAGGACCUGCUGUUUUCUACACCGAAGUGGACUCUCACUGCACUGUAUUUUCUACUGUUUUGUUUCUUUUGGACAUUCAGUUUUAUUAUUUACAUCCUGUUUUCUUUCCAGUAAAUUUCAUUUGAUACGUCUCGUUUUGGGUCAUUAGAACAAUGUUUACAAACUGUGUUUGGCUUCUUCUGUUGAACGAAAAAUAAAAAUGACACUAAAUUCUCGGGAUGUUCAAUCUUCCAAACCUUUUCAUUUGGUAGGUCAUCGAUUCAGAGGUAGAGCGGCAGCUUUAGGGAUUUAUUAGUGUCAAAUUGAAAGGAAGGUCAUAGCGUGGUGUGACAUCACUCAGCCUCUGGACAUUCACUUGAUUACUAAUACUGUGUUUACAGUCAACCAAGGACAGAUACAAUGUACUAUAUGUACUACACAUACAAUUUACUAUAUGUACUGUACAUACAAUGUGUACUAUAUGUACAGGCAUGAAAGUGCAAGUAGGAUCCCAGCAUAAAUGGAUCAAUCAUAUUUUCCAUUCACCAUCUGGAUCAACAUGGGACCUCAUAUCCGCUGCAAUGUAGGUCAAGUCUCAUCAACAUACUCUUGUAUGCAGGGUUGCAUGUUCCACAAGCCACCAUCUGUGGUAUAUCUGGCAUGCAGUGUUAGACAUUUCACAAGCUAUCAUCUGUGGUAUGCAGGGUUACAUGUUCCACAAGCUAAUCUGGGCAAUGGUGAAUCGUGGAGACCUUUAUGGACGGGUCAACGCUGUUUAUUUAAGCACUCUUUUCUCCCAGUGAGUAGGGUACUGGGGUUAAGGUACUAGGGUUAGGGUACUAGGGUUAAGGUACUAGGAUUAAGGUACUAGGGUUAGGGUACUAGAGUUAAGGUUCUAGGGUUAGGGUACUACGGUUAGGGUUAGGGUACUACGGUUAGGGUACUACGGUUAGGGUACUAGGGUUAGGGUACUAGGGUUAGGGUACUAGGGUUAGGGUACUAGGAUGA